CCACACACAUAUAUGAUGCUUAUGGGACAAGAGAGGUAAGUGAAGGGCAGGGGCGGAAAAUGAUGUUCUUCAUACACUCCCAAUUCCUGUCGAGAUGAUACUCGUUAGAGGCUAUAUUUAGUGAGCGGGCAGUGAGAUUGAUUAGGUUAAACUUGUUCGCAGGGACCUUGAUAACUUAUAUUUAGUGACUCCUCCAAACACAUAUCACCCACCAAACGGUUUUAAAUGCAGGCGGACUUUUGAUACGUAACAUAAUUAUGUCUUGAAAACAAAGCCAGGGAUGGCCUAGGUGGCUUGCUGUUGGCGCCACCGAUGAGGGGCUGCCCAUAUAUAUGCACAGGGAGAGUGGAUUCCAGAGGAGGGGCAGGGGAUUCAGAUCGUGUGUAUCAUGAGGGACAGAAUGGAAAGGCUGGUGAUUCUUCCUUUCUCCGUGGGGUGCAUGUCGGAGGCGAGCGUAGCGGUAGGGGUCCCGCAGCCAAGAAAAUCAAGGCCGGCCGCAACAAAGGAGGAGUGCGAGGGCGAGGAAGGCGGCAAGAACUCGAGCGGGAUGGUUGUUGUUCCCAAGUCCAACGUGUCCGCGGGAUUAAACAAGCUGAUGAAGGGUUUCAAGAGCUUGUCUCAAAUGUUUGGAGAGAAAGAGGAUGAGCUGGAAGAAGACGGAGAAGGAGGAGGAGGAGGAGGAGGAGGAGACGACGAAGAAGAAGAGAUGCAAAUCGGGGGUCCAACAGAUGUGCAGCACGUGACCCACAUCGGUUGGGAUGGGCACGCUAUCACUACUGCCAAUCCGCCCCUCCCCAUGAGCCGAUGGGACCUGCUUUCUCUCUCCCUCCACCAAUGAACUCUGUACUUAAACCCUCCCUUUCUUCUUUGCCACCCCGUUCCUCCCUUCUCUCCGCCGUGUGUCUCUCCUGUAAUGUAAUGUAUGUUCCCAUGCUCAUAUUGGAAACAAAUUAUUUGCUUUCUUCUUUUACGAAAUUAAUUUCAUCCUAA